UGGUGCACUGAAUAAAUUAGCUAACACAUGCAAGCAUAUGCAAUAAAUAAAUUAAAUAAAUUAUUUUCCUUUAAUCUCCAUAUUAGCAUGUUUUAGUUAUAUUUUAAAAUAUUUUUAACCUAUAUUGAAUGUUAAGUACAAAUAGCUUCCCCAUAGUUAUACUCAAAUGCAUGUGAAUAUGAAGUAUAUGUAAUAUAUCACUGUCAAAAGUAACGAGUGAGUACAGCAAGGACCCGCCAGAAGAGGAAGAGGAGGUGCGCAGAUCGCUGUCCUGUUCUGUCUCAGUAACAUCGACUGCAGAACUGAGAAUACGUUCAUUUACAGGCUGCAUCGUCGAGAUGCAUAUCAAGGACGAAUCAGACCGGCGUUGGUGAUGAAAUGUUCCCCAGACUCUCAGUCCUCUCGUCGCUCAGCACUAUGAGCUGUUCAUUUCCAGAGACCGCGGUGGAUUUGAUAGAGCAGUGGUGUAUCAGUACCGGACUGCUGGUUUAAUCUUAAUUUGGCAUCACUCGUUAACAAGAUGAACAGCAUACGGUACAAAGCAGCGACUGUCAGGUGGAACUGUUCUGUCGCACACUGUGACCAUGCACGUAUGUGCCGCGUGCGAUUACUGCUGCUGUGCUUAUGCGUGCUGGUGGCAAUGACAUUAACACUGGCAGUAUCACUAUCUAACCACCAAACGAUAGAGUUUGAUUUACCUCCCAAACCUCCAGACUUAUUCAAAGACAAGCUGAAUCACCAGCCAGGUAAACCCACAGUUGCCCAAGUGAAGCGGCUCGUCUCGCUAGUGAAUUGGGAAAGAAUGUGGUAUUCCCAUCUGCGACCCAUUCUCACUGCACGCCAGCCAGGAAGUCGUGGAAGUCGCGCUGUUCGAAAACACAUCUUUUCUAAGCUGGAUUCUCUUUCGGCGAGCUGGUCUGUAGAAGUGGACUCCUUCAUCUCCGAAACCCCUCGUGGCCCUGUUAGCUUCUCCAACAUCCUGGCCGUGUUGGACCCGAUGGCUCCUCGCCGACUGCUUCUGGCUUGUCACUAUGACUCCAAAUUUAUACCUUCAGAUCCUAGUGACCCACAGAAGGUGUUUGUGGGUGCCAGUGAUUCGGCUGUGCCUUGUGCUAUGAUGCUGGAACUGGUCACCGCUUUGGAUCUACACCUCAAAAAGCACAAGCAGCUGAUGUCCAGGGUGACUCUGCAGUUGGUCUUCUUUGAUGGAGGAGAAGCUUUCGAGCAGUGGUCUCAGACAGACUCGCUAUAUGGGUCACGGCACCUCGCAGACUCCAUGUCCCGCAUUCCUCACCCACCUGGUUCUGAACAAACCACACAGCUAAAUGCUGUGGAUCUUCUUGUUCUUUUGGACCUCAUUGGUGCCCCUGAUCCCAUGUUUGUGAAUCACUUUGAGAACACAGCUCGCUGGUUUGACCGCCUUAUCGCUGCUGAGAAGAGACUUCAUAAUUUGGGGCUCCUGUCUUCCCACCCCAAAGAGCUGACUUAUUUCAUGAAGGAUGUGAAUAUGGGUCCAGUUGAAGAUGAUCAUAUUCCUUUCCUUCAGAGAGGAGUUCCAGUGCUGCACAUAAUCGCUACGCCAUUCCCUUCCUUCCUGCACACGUUAGAGGACACAGCGGACAAGAUUCACAGUCACACUGUGGAGAAUCUCACCAAAGUCCUUGUGGUCUUUCUGGCUGAGUAUCUGCGGCUCUAGGAUGCUAUAAUAUUACAUCCAACCACAUCCGUCGUGGAUCGGUCUAUACCUCAGCUGCACCGCUUUAGGAUAUCUAAUAUCAGCGACUGUUCUCAGAGAUGCAUAACGUACUGUAUACUCUCAGGCUGCCAUGAUAUAUCCUGACAUAUGCUUAAUUUUGAAUUUUCUGACAUGUUAGUCAAUCGGUAUCGUGCCUUCAGAUAGUUUUGCUAUCUAGUGAUGCACUGUAUAGACAACAUAAUAUUAUUAUCUGUGCCAAAAAAGGUUUACAUCUAUUUUAGAAGUUUAAUCAUCUAUUCAAUAACUGUGCAAUAAAAUCGAUAGAAUGCAAAGUAGAUACUUCAAGCUCAGGAAUGGAUGUGAACCUGAUGCUAUUUAAGAGGUUAUUAAACUAUGCACUACAAUGAAGCUCUAUAAUGCUACAACACUUCUGAUAAAACUUCUGUAUUUAAUCUCACAAUAAUUUUCUCAAAUAAGCAGUCUGCAAUCUCUAGUAGCUAAAUGUUCACUCAUAUGUUAGUCUAGAUUAUAUAAUUUUCUAAUAGAAAUCGAAACUUAUACUUAAGUGGCAAGAAAUUCUGACUUGAGACUUUUCCGAAUUGGAAACUCUUUAGAUUUACAAGGACGUUAUUUUCCCAAACAGAAUAAUGCAACAAUUCUUAAGAUUUAAAAAAAAAGAAGAAAAUAUCAUUCACACCCAUUAAAAAUUACAAAUUUCUUAGUGGGCAUUACAAGAAAAAAACCCCAAGCAAAUCUGUUUUAGUGAAUAAAGUAAAUAACUAAAAUGUCCUUUCGUCAACUAAACCCAAUAUACUUUAAAGAAAAUCCCUCAAAAAUUAUUUGGAAUUAGCAUAUAUAAGUUGUACUGCCACAAACUAAUCUGCAGCAUGUAAAAAGAACAUUUAAAACGUGACUUGAUGACCUUGACCUUCAAAACUUGACUCCUGCUUGUGAGAAAAGACUUGAGACUUGCAUCAGUGACUUGAAUGUGUUAAUAUAUCUGUUUUAUACUGUAAUACUGAAUAUAAAAUAUAUGUAUUUUUCAGUUGCAGAU